GUAGUUUGCCGUAUUUAUUUGGUUUUAGCUCGAGUACAAUCCGAACUGGCAGGAUCAUCAUCUCCUGGUGAGUAUGACGUCCUGCUCUCAUCCGAAUCUCCACGCGCAAUCCAUAGCUUCUCGCGGCUUCUGCUAGGGUUUUUGUCUGCAACAACUAAUUUGAUUCUCAUCUCUCCGAUAUGGCAACUGCUUCUGGACAAAGAGGUUCCACAAAUCCAACAGCUAUGCUUGCAUCUCUGGUGAGCAAGAGAGAGAGACUUCAAGAUGAGCUUCGGGUCAUUGAGAAGCAGGUGUAUGAGAUGGAGACGAAUUAUUUACAAGAUUCAAGCCAUUUUGGGAAUGUAUUGAAAGGUUUUGAAGGGUUUCUUUCUUCAUCCAAGAACACAACAAACCUUAAGAGAUCCAGGAAAUUCCAGCUUGAAGAUAGGCUCUUUUCAUUGUCUUCAGUUACCUCACCGGCAGCUGAAGAACUUGGAGUUGGACGGGAUGAUGGAAGAUCUGAUUUUGGUCAAGGCCGGCCUAAGGGUGGAAGCUUACCUACGAAUGGACAGGGGAAGCCAAAAAAGGGAAGAACAGCACCAAGGGAUGGAAAGCGAAUUAGGCCAUCAAGUGAAGCUGAUCUUGACGACGAAGAUGAUCCGGAUUUGAGCCUGAGAUAGUCGCUCAGUUCUAUUGUAGACUAGUAACUUAACCCAUGAAUGUAGAUUAGGACUGUAGCUCAAGAACUGAAGCAGAAUGUAUGUAUUUGCAUUAGAAGUGCAUUGUGAAAUGUUAGAAGCCAUCUUUAAUUUAUUCAAGGUUCUUCUCAUUUGUACUGGUGAUGGUCAAUAAUACUUACUCUUCUCAUUCUAUAAAUUUGUAACUCUAAAUGACCAAGGAGACACUUUUCCGGCUA